AUGACGUCGCCGAGGAAGGACGGGGGGUUCCUGACCCAGGACCAGCGGGAGAAGCUGCGGAUCGCGGUGCAGAACGCGGAGACGCAGUCGCUCGCCUCCCCGCGCUCGCCCACGGGAGGGACCACCUCCGCGCUGCUGCAGCAGUACGAGCAGCAGAUGCUGGAGCAGAAGCGCGCCACCGCCGCAGCGGCCGCCGCGGCUGCUGGUGGCGGGAGGGGCGGCGGCGGAGGAGGGGGAGGGGGAGGGGGAGGGGGAGGUGGGCCCAGGCACGUGCGCCGGUCGCAUUCCGGGAAGACCAUCAAGGUGAAGAAAGAUGGAGCUGGUGGCAAAGGGACUUGGGGCAAACUAAUUGAUACUGACGCAGAGGCAUGCCUUGACCGAAAUGAUCCAAAUUAUGACAGUGGUGAGGAACCAUACGAGUUAGUUGAAGCCCCUGUUUCAACCCCACUAGAAGACUACAAGAAAGCUGUUGUCCCGUUAAUUGAGGAAUAUUUCAGCAAUGGUGAUGUGAAAUUAGCUGCUUCUGAUCUUAAAGAAUUGGGUUAUGAUGAUUUCCACCGUUACUUUGUCAAGAAGCUUGUUUCCACAGCAAUGGACAGGCAUGACAAGGAGAAAGAGAUGGCAUCAGUGCUUCUAUCAUAUCUUUAUGGCAACAUUGUCAGUUCAACUCAAAUCAGACUGGGCUUUGUGCUGCUAUUAGAGGCUGUUGAUGACCUGGCUGUUGACAUACCUGAUGUGGUUGAUGUGCUCGCGCUUUUCAUUGCACGUGCAGUUGUUGAUGACAUUCUGCCACCUGCUUUCCUUAGCAAGGCAAAAGUGAGUCUCUCAGGAUCUUCAAAGGGUAUGCAGGUUGUACAAAUUGCAGAGAAAAGCUAUCUUUCAGCACCCCACCACGCAGAGUUACUUGAGCGACGAUGGGGUGGUUCAACUCGCAUCACGGUAGAAGAGGUGAAGAAGAGGAUUGCUGAUCUUCUAAAGGAAUACAUUAGAAAUGGUGAUACAGCUGAGGCUUGUAGGUGCAUUAGAGAGCUGGCAGUGCCCUUUUUUCAUCAUGAGGUGGUGAAGCGAGCUCUUACUCUUGGAAUGGAGAGUCCAGCUGCUGAAGCUCUUAUUGUCAAACUUCUGAAGGAAGCAUCUGAAGAAUGUUUAAUAAGCUCUAGUCAGAUGAUGAAAGGAUUCUAUCGGGUUGCUGAGAGUCUUGAUGAUCUCAUUCUUGAUAUACCAUCUGCAAAGUCUGAAUUUCAGCUGUUGGUAUCAAAAGCCAUUUCUGAGGGAUGGCUAGAUUCUUCGUAUGUGAAGUCAGGUGUCAACGGAAGCGUUGAAGAUGAUGAACAUGAGAAGCUGGCAAGGUACAAGAGGGAGGCUGUUUCUAUAAUACACGAAUACUUUCUCUCUGAUGAUACAACAGAGGUUAUCUGUAGUGUCAAAGAGCUUGGUUAUCCAGAAUAUAACCCAAUCUUCAUCAAGAAGCUCAUAACAAUUGCUAUGGACCGCAAGAACAGGGAGAAAGAGAUGGCAUCAGUUCUUCUAUCCUCAUUAAGCAUGGAGCUGUUCUCGUCUGAAGACAUCGCCAAGGGAUUCAUAAUGCUCCUUGAAUCUGCAGAAGACACCGCACUGGAUAUAUUGGAUGCCUCAGAUGCGCUGGGACUGUUCCUAGCCAGGGCUGUGAUUGAUGAUGUUCUUGCACCUCUAAACUUGGAUGAGAUUAGCAGCAAGCUUCCACCAAACUGCAGCGGGGCUGAAACAUUGAACAUGGCACGCUCCCUUGCAUCAGCCCGUCAUGCUGGUGAGAGGCUUCUGAGGUGCUGGGGUGGUGGAACCGGAUGGGCUGUGGAGGAUGCCAAGGACAAGAUAACAAAGCUCCUGGAGGAGUACGAAAGUGGAGGUGAUUUAGGGGAAGCAUGCAACUGCAUCCGUGAGCUGGGUAUGUCUUUCUUCAACCAUGAAGUUGUCAAGAAGGCGCUCGUGAUGGCAAUGGAGAAGAAGAAUGAGAGGACCCUAAGCCUGCUGCAGGAGUGCUUUGGUGAAGGGAUCAUAACCAUCAACCAGAUGACCAAGGGGUUCUCAAGGGUCAGGGAUGGGCUCGAUGACCUGGCUCUCGACAUUCCUGAUGCCAGGGAGAAGUUCCUUUCCUAUGUGGAGCACGCGAAGAAGAGUGGAUGGCUCCUGCCUGGGUUCGGUGUUGCAUCUUCGGCUUGA